AUGAUAAUAACCAAGGCGUCUUGGUCAUGUCCCUCUGCGAUCUACAAACUCUCAACUGGCAGCAUACUUGACCUAGAGGCCUCCAGACACAAGCCUCUGCUCCUUCAAACCUACCUCCACCCCGACCUGUGCUUGGUUUGGGGCACAGCUGAGAGGGUUAAGAGCAUCAGGGUAGGGGAGGAGGUGGGAGAGCCCUGGAAGGAAGUAGAGAGGUUUCCAUUACAGCAGUCACAGAUGGCUGAGCAGGGGAGGAUUGUCAUGCCGACUGUUGGAGCGACUGGCAGGAGGGAACAGCUAAGCAGAAACAAACUCAAACCCAGCUUGGACAAGAUGGGUUUUACCUCUUACAUCGGACAUCCCAGUGGGACAGGCUUCACAUCAAACCAAAGGCCAGCUAUAUAUUACAAGCCCAGUUUGGACCUGGUAGACAACCCUAAGUUUGGAGGCUUGUUAUCUGACAGUUUCAUGUCUCAAACCAAACGGCACUACCAGCCUCAUGUCUGCUUUAAUUACUUGGGAUCUUUGCCAAACCUGAUGAACACAUCUACAGACAGCGGCUUCCAUCAGCUGAGGAGCUUUUUGAACACGGUGCCUGUGGAGGAGAAGGUGGUUCCUCGUAAGACUCAGAGCUCCGUGAUGAAGAAUGACUUUGUUCGUCCGUGCCAUCUGCAGGGUACCGAGGCGAUAGCUGGCCUGCGCAUCCGUUCAUGCCGGGAAACAGGAUUCACACGAGGUGCCAUCGCACCGUUGGCCUGCCCAAGCACCAUCCUGCCAUCACCCCAGACUAAAGGCACUGCACCAACUGUGAAGACCAUUGGAAAAAAGGAGCCCACAGGAGCUCUUCUUAACACUCCAAUCAACGAAGCUUUCCCUAAUGGAUACUUUGACUCUUCCCACUUCACCACACAUUACAGGACCAAGUUCUGCCGUCGCAGUGAUUUGCAGCAGCUGAGCUCGUCCCACAGUGCAGGAAUCAUUAGUUCUAAAAUGAGCAACGGCUACAACCGCCGGGACACGGAC